AUGGAGCUCUUGCGCCGUUGCUGCGUUCGCCUCUUUGCAACUUCUUAUGCGAAAAGCUCUUUCCAUGAAGGAUCGAUAAACCCCUUCGCCGAUGUGCAAUGGAUCGCGCGGCCUUUCAUGAAACGGAACAUGCCCAAGAACCACGUGUUAGCCAAGCCUCACAGGUCGCUGAAAGCUGUCACGCUUCUCGAUGAAGAGACGCGAAUCAACUGGCAUGUCAUAGACGCCAAAGGCAAGAGCGUUGGAGGCCUCUCUGCGCAGAUCAGCCGCUUGCUGCAGGGGAAACAUCGUCCUGACUAUUCGCCUCUGAAGGUGUCGGGAGACUCCGUCGUGGUAGUCAACGCCAUUCACGCCAAAUUCUCGGGGCACUCUUGGGACACAAAGAUCUACCGAUUCGAGAGAAAGACGCAUCCAGGCGGCCCUAAGGUUGUGACUGCAAAGACGCUCAUGGCUCGCAACCCCUCCAUGAUUAUAAACCUGGCCGUGAAGCGGAUGCUGCCCAACAACCGUCUGAGGCAGUUAUUCUACAGGCGGCUGUUUGUGUAUCCCGGAGCUCUGCAUCCUCAUUGGCAGCUGCCUCAGGUCGUGGUGCCUGCGCAGCCCCCCCCAGAGGCUCCCUGCUGUCCGUUCUCCCUGACGCUUCCUAGGGAGGAAGACGCCGCAGAACGGAUAAACGCGCUUAACGAAGCCGCUGAGCUGGCAGCGCGAGAGGCCUCAGGCUUAGGGGGCACAACUGUAUCUGUUCUUCGCUGGAAAUUUUCUCUUGGGGUUAAACGUCCACAAGACGACACACUGAUUGUCCCGAAGUUAGAGGAGAGGGGUGCGUCGCUGGACCCCCUUGGUAUGUUGAACAUAAUUAGCAGUGCGUCUUUAGCUUGUUUGGGUAGUGACCGUGAAGCAGACCAGCCAGAUGCGGCCUCGGCACCGAACACAGCAGGGAGUCCCAUAGCUGCCCAUGCGUGUCGGUACCUUAAAUUAAACCACAGAAAAGGCGUAUAUCUACGCUUGGCGACCAGGUCCUUGAGAUGUUCAGGGAGUGCUGCAGCUUUCAAUGGUAGGGUUUGUGGGUCUGGCGGCGUAGCUGAAAUAUCUAUGAACAUAGAGUUUCCAUUCGGUGGAACUCGUGCUUUGCCGCACUGGUCCAGUGGGGUGAUUGAAAUCAUGGCGUUGCAUUGCGAAACCAAAACGCAUUGGUGGUAA